UGCGGGGGUGUGCGUGCUGCUCUCGUCUCCUGGCACACACCAGCCUGCCUCCGUCCCCCCGCUGAAGGACAAGGGAGCCCCACCGCGGAAGACAAGACAGGAGGUCACCCUUUACCCAUGAGUCGCCUCUGUGAGUGGAGCGCUCUCCCCAGAAGAUGGGAAAUACAUCGAAAACAAGCUUGUUUGUUUCCACCAUCUCAGCAGAACAUGACUUCCUCAUGGGGACUCUAUACAGCACUUUCUGUGUCCUCUCCUUGCUGGCUAAUGGCGUACUGUUGUCAGUUGCCUGCUGCAGGAAGUCGUCGCUGAAGCCGGCUGAGUUCUUCAUCAUAAACCUGUCCAUCAGCGACUUAGGGAUGACCGUCACCCUCUUCCCCCUGGCCACAUCCUCCUCUUUCGCCCGCAGGUGGCUGUUCGGUGAGAUCACCUGCACUUACUAUGCAUUCUGCGGGGUUCUCUUCGCCCUGUGCAGCCUGACCAACCUCACCAUCCUGUCGGCCGUCUGCUGCCUCAAAGUCUGCUUCCCACAUUACGGUAACCGGUUCUCCUCCUCCCACGCCCGUGUCCUGGUCCUGGGGGCAUGGUGCUACGCUGUGGUCUUUGCCGUGGGGCCGAUGGCUGAGUGGGGUCGCUACGGGCCGGAGCCGUAUGGCACAGCAUGCUGCGUGGACUGGCACGUGCCCCGUGGGGACGCACACGCAGUGACCUAUGUGGUAGCCCUCUUCCUGUUUGGCUACGCGGUGCCCUGCACCGUCAUCCUCACCUCGUACGCCUUCAUCCUGCUGACGGUGCGCGGCUCACACCUGGCCAUGCGGCAGCACAUGUCCCCACAGAGCACGGUCUCCAACGCCCAUGUACUCAUCGUCAAGCUCUCCGUGGCAGUGUGCGCCGGCUUCCUGGCCGCAUGGAGCCCCUACGCCGUGGUGGCCAUUUGGGCAGCCAGCAGCGGCACCGCCCAGGUGCCCCCGGUUGCCUUCGCCCUGGCAGCCAUCUUUGCCAAGUCCUCCACCGUCUACAACCCCAUCGUCUACCUGUUGUUCAAGCCCAACUUCCGCAAGUCACUGUACCGGGGUGCGGCGCACUUCCGGGGCCGACUCCAGCAAGGCCGGACCUCCCAGCGUAACCACGGAGACAUCAGCCAUUCUACGCACUUGUCUGAUGGUCCGCACGACUGGCACGGAAGGUGCCGGCACUGUGUGGAGGAUGGGGCGCUCUGCGUGGCGCCGGCACAGAGGACUGCUCGUGUCCUGGUGGUUUCAGCCCACAGCGAGGUACGCGUCAGCCAGAUCUCCGACAGACUUCACUGCGACUUCCUCUGAAGGGGCGCCCUGCACGGCCAGUUCCAGCGGCUGGGACCCGAGCGGCCAAUAGGACAGAGACGAGCACCAGCAAUCAGAAGGCUUAGAAGAUGGCUUUGUAUAUGGGGAGGCACCCAGACAGUGACUCAACACCACAGUUACAAUAACCCUGACCACAAGGGGGCAGAGUACUUCCAACAAAAUAAACAUGGGCAGAACAAAUAGCGGUACAACACCUGUCUCAUCUUUGUAGAUUUAUGCAAGGGAGGCUCCUUCUCCAUUUUAGCAGUGAGUGGGCCUCCCAUCCACAGUACAUCCACGAUCACCUCACAGUUUCAAGUCCGUACUGAUGUUUAGUGCCAUAGAAUAAAUAAUAUUUCAAUUAUGCAUCUUCUGGUCCCCGGACUACAUAAGACAAACUUUUCCUCUGUCUGGAAGCCUGCGUGACCAAACCCUAUCCAGUGACCUGGCUGGUCUUCUUUCUAAGCUUUGA